AUGAUAUUAUUUCUUUUAUUUUAUUUAUUGAUCACUAUUGUUAGUGCAACUCCAAAAGCUGAUUCUGUUGCAAUGGAUUUGUUUAUGGAACCAGGGGGGUGUCUUAAAUUGAAGGGAUAUCCAUUUAUGAUUGAAGGACUUGCUAUAAUGGCUAAAAAGAAGAUGAAAAACAAAAUUUUAAGAAAGGCUAAAGCAGCUGCAGGUAAUUAA